AUGUUAAAUCUAUCUAUCUAUCUAUCUAUCUGUUCCAGUUUGUUCGUUUCUUUCUUUCUUUUUUCUUUCAAUUCUGUUCAUUUCUUUCUUUCUUUCUUUCUUUCUUUCUUUCUUUCUAAAUCUGUUCAUAUCAGUCCCAAUCAGUUCAUAUCUAUCUAUCUAUCUAUCUAUCUAUCUAUCUAUCUAUCUUCUGUUCAUAUCUAUCUAUCUAUCUAUCUAUCUAUCUAUCUAUCUAUCUCAGUCUGUUCAUAUCUAUCUAGCUAUCUAUCUCAGUCUGUUCAUAUCUAUCUAGCUAUCUAUCUCAGUCUGUUCAUAUCUAUCUAUCUAUCUAUCUAUCUAUCUAUCUCAGUCUGUUCAUAUCUAUCUAGCUAUCUAUCUCAGUCUGUUCAUAUCUAUCUAGCUAUCUAUCUAUCUCAGUCUGUUCAUAUCUAUCUAUCUAUCUAUCUAUCUAUCUAUCUCAGUCUUCUGUUCAUAUCUAUCUAUCUAUCUAUCUAUCUAUCUAUCUCAGUCUGUUCAUAUCUAUCUAGCUAUCUAUCUCAGUCUGUUCAUAUCUAUCUAUCUAUCUCUGUUCAUAUCUAUCUAGCUAUCUAUCUAUCUCAGUCUGUUUAUAUCUAUCUAUCUAUCUAUCUCAGUCUGUUUAUAUCUAUCUAUCUAUCUAUCUAUCUAUCUCAGUCUGUUCAUAUCUAUCUAGCUAUCUAUCUAUCUAUCUCAGUCUGUUCAUAUCUAUCUAUCUAUCUCAGUCUGUUCAUAUCUAUCUAUCUAUCUCAGUCUGUUCAUAUCUAUCUAUCUCAGUCUGUUCAUAUCUAUCUAUCUAUCUAUCUCAGUCUGUUCAUAUCUAUCUAUCUAUCUAUCUCAGUCUGUUCAUAUCUAUCUAUCUAUCUAUCUAUCUAUCUAUCUAUCUAUCUCAGUCUGUUCAUAUCUAUCUAUCUAUCUAUCUAUCUAUCUAUCUAUCUAUCUCAGUCUGUUCAUAUCUAUCUAUCUAUCUAUGAUAAUUGA